UAUCGGAGCCGGCAAUCUUCCAUAAGGCAUAUUAUAUCUGAGUUGGGGGCGCAAUGCAUUUGUAUCAUAGACAGACAAAAAGCAACACAGCAUGUGGUAUGGUGGAGAUGAUACCCAUUUUUCACGAAUUUUUUUCACCUUCAUUGCGAGCUUCCCAUGAUGAAUACGCAUGUUUUUGAAACAGGCAAUGCCGAAUACUCUUCGUAACACCAUUAGUGGCGUACAAUUGCCUGAGAGACAAUCCUCUAGGUGAUAAGAAGCUCUGGCGCAUGCUCCACUUUACCAUCCACCACUACAUCAGUACCAUCCCACCUUGCACCCCACUUUCACCCAUGUAGUGUACAUGGUCAAGACAACAACGAGACCUCUUAUAUCAUCAAUCCUCUAUCUUGUUCCCCAUCGUCUUCGCAUAUAAUCUCCAGAACGGAAGUUUCCCUUUUCUUCAUCUUUGCCAAACUAGAUUCUCGACACUAUAAUGUCGUACAGCUUCCAAGAUAAAGUCGUCCUGAUUACAGGUGCGGGCAGUGGCAUUGGCCGGGCAACAGCCAUCAAAAUGGCGUCUCUUUCCGCUACCCUCGCCCUCUGCGACCUGAACUACGACGCCCUCGAAGAAACCUCGCGCCUCUGCAAAGGCUCCCCGACAACACCCCUCCUCGCCGACGUCGACGUCUCCUCGGUACAAGAAGUAACGCAAUUUCUAACCCAAACGCUCGCCAAGCACAAUGCCCUGCACCACAUCUUCAACUGCGCGGGCGUGAACCCGACCUCGAUGCCGCUCGAGUCGACCCCGGACAGCUACUGGGACAAGCUCAUGUCGGUGAACCUCAAGGGCGUCUUCAACGUCACGCGCGCCGCGAUCCCGCAUCUGUCCCGCGGCGCCAGCUUCGUCAACGUGUCGUCCAUUUCGGGCGUCCGCGCCUCCGCCCAGCAGGCUGUGUACUGUGCGACCAAGUUUGGGUUGAUUGGGUUUAGUAAGUGUAUGGCGCUCGAGCUGGGACCCAGGGGGAUCCGCACCAAUGUCGUUGCGCCGGGGUUUAUUGAUACGCCGACGAAUGCUGGGGUUGUCAAGGGCGGGGACGCGGUGGAGAGUAUGAGGAAGGGGAAUGCGUUGAAAAGGUUGGGGACGGCUGAGGAAGUGGCGGAUGUCGUGGCUUUUUUGUUUAGUGACGAUGCGAGGUAUAUGAAUGGGAGUGUUGUGGAGGUGGAUGGGAUGAUUGGGGCGAGUGCCGAUGUGGAUGUGGAUGUGAGUGUGGGUGCGAGUAAAUGAUUU